ACCUAGAAUAUCCUGCUCGAAGAGAGAGCCACAGGGCAAGGCUAGGUUGCCCAUCUUCUAGCACCCUAUCAAAGCCCAAACCUGGGUAAGCUGGUGAAGUCCCUGCUGUGAAAGAAAAUCACCAACCCUUCUCAGGAUCAAAAGAAUCCACUUCAAUGAUUUGAGUUCUGUGAACCUGCCUUUGUGGUUGGUAAUUGUUUGGAAAUAGCCUCAGACAGUCAUCAAUAUGACCGGAUUUACUGUGGAGCUGGAGUCCAGAAAGACCAUGAAAACUACAUGAAAAUUUUAUUGAAAGUUGGAGGCAUUUUAGUAAUGCCUAUAGAAGAUCAGCUAACACAGAUCUUGAGAACAGGACAGAACACAUGGGAAAGUAAGAAUAUCCUUGCUGUUUCGUUUGCUCCACUAGUGCAACCAAACAGAAAUGACAACGGCAAACAUGACACUGUAGGACUGCCUCCGUGUGCUGUUAGGAACCUCCAGGACCUAGCUCGAAUAUAUAUCAGACGCACUCUUAGAAACUUCAUAAACGAGGAGAUGAAAGCCAAGGGUAUUGCUCAGAAGGCUCCUCCGAAACGCAAACGCAGGAGAUGUCGUAGACGCAGGAUUAACACCUAUGUGUUCGUUGGUAAUCAGCUCAUUCCUCAGCCUCUAGAUAGUGAAGAAGAUGAAAAAAUGGAAGAUGAUAACAAAGAGGAGGAGGAUAAAGAUCACAGUGAGGCCUUGAAGCCAGAAGAGCCUCCUCGAAAUCUAUUGAGAGAGAAAAUUAUGAGUCUACCAUUACCCGAAUCUUUAAAAGCAUACUUGACCUAUUACAGAGAAAAAUAACUUGUUUUAAGUAGAAAUAAUGCCUACUGAUAGUUCCUUUAUUCUUGAAAAUGUAGCAUUUAUUAAGAAGUAGGUGGACAAAUUAUUAUUAGUCUUUCAUCAAGACUGAAGUACAGCGAUAAAUGGUAACUUGUCUCUAUCUUGUCUUUGCUACAAGGAAGACUUGCAUUCGACAGUAGAAUCCCUUUUUAAAAGUCUAUUUUUCUUUAAAUUUUGAAAAUGCUGUUUUAACUCUGAUAGAAAUAUAUAUUCCAUUAUGCAGCACUAAUCAAUAUUUUGCAUGGUAAGUCUUUUUUGGAUCCCUAACAGAUUUGUAUUGAUAAAAGGAUGAGUGAAAUUUUAUAUAUGCUAAAUAAUUGGUUAAACAUGUGCAUCUGACUUGAUAAGCAAUUUGUCUGUAUUUAUCACUAUUAGGGAAACAUUUUAAACAUGCAGACACUUAUCCUCUAAUGUCCAAAUCAGACCCUUUUAAAGUUUAUUUUACUAUGGCUUUGUUGCAAUCAUUAUUAUUACUAUGUUGGUAUAGAUGUAUUCCAACAACACAAGUGCAAUAAAUGUAUACGGACACUGAAUGAGCUGGCUUUAGUGAAACAUGAAAAUACAAGUUCUGAAACGUCAGAUGACCCUGCUACUUCUGCAUUUAUCUUUUGCCAAAAGAUCUUGCAACAGCUAACAGCUUCUCUCAGAGCCUUAAAGAAACACCAUAUUGAAUAAGAAGAAUGCUUACUUCAGCUCUGCUUAUACUUAACUCUGUUCUACACUGUCAGUAUUUCUAACUAGAGGCAAUUCCUCCUUUGUGGGAAGUAUAGGACAGUACAUUUUGUUUAUUUCUAGAGCUCACAGCAUUGAAUCAAAAAGUUUGGCAAUUCAAGAUUGUAAUUUAGAUUUCAGUCAUCUAUAUUUACUGCUUUUAAGUAGAGGUAGAAUUUCAACAAAGUUUAGUUUGUAUUGCUUAUUGGGAUAGCUAUAAUAGUAGAAGUUAGAAUUUGUUCAGCAAAUGCACUUUAGUAAGUGAAUUUUAUACUUAACAUGCAUCUCCAAGAAGGUAGACUUGUGCCAGCCUAUAUUUUGUUUCUGAGCAUGGCUCUUAGCACAAAAAAUAUUUAUAAAAUCAUAUGCAUCUUUUGGAAACCUAAGAGUAGCAGUGCAACUGUGGGGACCCACAAUAGUGCUGAUUUAAAUCCUUCAAUGAGUUUUCCUCUUCUAGUUGUGAAGUUAUUUGCAGUUCUCAUUUUUAACUUUGCUUUUACCAUCUUAAUUUCUGCAUUCUGUUGUAACAUAACCACGAGGGUAAACAGUUAAUUAAGAACUUGGCAUGAUAUGUAUUAAAAACCACAAUCAUUGGAAAUGUGGAAAUGUAUGCUUGUUAGACCCAAUGAAAAACAUUCCCAUUGAAAUAUCCCCAUGAUACAUUUUAUAAUACUGUUGACACUUCCUUUUGUGUAAAACAAUGAACAAAAUAAUCACAUAUUUCUAAAGCAGUAAAUGUUCCUAUUCCUAGUAUUUAUCACUAACUAGUAUUCAUGUGGUCUAGGAGUCCAAUAUUUACUUCAAAAUACAUUAGCAUUUUGUUGCGUCUGAGAAGGAAGGUCAGACACAAUCCCAUGACACUGACUCUUUUUGGUGCAUUUCAUGCUGUAGUCCCUCUUUUUAAGGUACAUCAUAGUAAUGUUUAAAUGGAAUUUCAUGAAGGCCUGUUGUACCAGCAUGUGGAGUUACUUUCCGCAAUAUAUUUAACGUAGAAGUAAGCAAAAGUAUUUGAAAUAAAUAUUCUGACUUUAUUUUAAAAGCAGGAAAACCUUAUAGGAAAUAGUUUUCCAAAAUAAUGAUACUAAUAAAGUAAUUGUGAUGCUUCAGCUAUAAGAAUUGAACAUAAUCUUGUUUUAAAUGGGUUGGUUUAGAUGGAGGCUAAAUAAUCUGAAGUUUGAGAUGUUUGUCUCUUCUUUUCUUGGAAUCUACAUCCAUGCGCUCAAGAAUGAGAUUACUAAAUAUUACCUAAGUACUUCAAGGACUUUAUACAGGAUGCUUUUUGAGAAUAAAUUUCUGCAUUCUUUCCUGCCUGUAUACUUGGAAAAAUGGACAGUGGAUGACUUGUCAUGAAUUUUCAGUAUGUAAGUUUUUUUUGGAGUCACUGAAAGAGAAUGUUUCCUCUGUGUUUUAUAUGUGGAUUUAUUUUACACUCUUGGAUUUAUAUUUACAUAAAUAAAAAGGUAGAAACGCAAAUUAAUUAAAUUUAAUUUUUGCCAUCUCACUUGAUGAUGGGGACAUUGUUGCAAUAAAAUGGUUUUUUGUGGUUUCUGCUUGCUUGAAUUUCUGUGUUUCUGUGGAAGUAUUUUCAGUUAUCUGGAAAUUCAGGUACCAGUUGUUUCAUAAUUAGGUCAGUCUCUUAAUAAAGGCUGUUAUUGAAUUUCAGAAGUAUAUAUUCUCACUAAAUUAUGAAUUUUUGCAAAGGUUGAAAGAUGAGAUAUUACUCAUGACACAGGGAAAGCUGUUUUGGUCCCAGCACUACUUUUGAAGUACUCAUGUGGAGAGUUUCCUCUGGAGAGCCCAGAAGCUAAACUUGAGCUAUAUACUGAAGAACUUUUCCAUGAUGGUUUUUUUUUUCCUAAAUAUUGAAAUUUCUGGUUUUUUUUCUAAUCCUCAACUGAGCAGCUAUCUGAGUCAAAACAAAUAAUGCAAACUUGGAGGUAAGAGCUGCAAGGGUGGUGAGCAACCAGUGAGACACACUUCUACUGCAACUCCUUCUUGAUGCAGCUUUGUUUUAGUGCCAGGUACAGGAAAGAUUCAGGGUGGGUCAGGUAGGCUGAUGAGCAUUGUUACAAUUGUGAUCUCUGGAAGGAAGGGGUGAUGACUUGGAACUUCAGGGGGAUUAAUCUUUGGUCUGGACGAGGACUCAAGACCAGUGCAGUCUUUUCAAAAUACGUGAAUUUUUAAUCCCAUGUCUUUCAGGAAAAACUAAGCAGCUACCUCCCAAAAACUUGAGCAAUUUUCAUUGCAGUGAGCCUGAACAGCUGUGCUUGACUGAGCACUCUGUUGUUUGUUCAGGUGCUGGCAACUUAAGUCUAUUUUCUUUUUUUUUUUUUUUUUUUAAAUCCUGUAUUUUUUAUUCUCUAAACUCUUUUUAAAAUGCAUUUCUGCCUGUCAGUUUGAAAACAAAUAGGGAAUGUAAUUAAAUGUGCUCUGUUCUGAUUAAAACUGGUUUAGCUCAUUAAAUAUUUACCCAUAUGUCCUCAAGAGUGUCUCCUUCCAUCAUUCAUGUAAUUGAGUUAAACUGAAUGCUUUGUGAUUUACUAAUCAAUUAUGAAAGAUAAAGGAGUGGUGGUCUGUGUUCUUCUUAGAGGUGUAUAUACUGAACUUUAAUGAGCUGCUACUUAUUUUGACAACACUUGAAUCGUGUAUGAGGCGUUUUGCAUAAACUUGUUCUGAGAAGGUCAUUGGAGUGUAACUGGAACAGUGAGGCUUUAAAGGUGUGUGGAUUUUGAGAUGUUUUAGUAAAACAGCUUCAGUAAAAUUUAGAUGACUGGCUUGA